AUGCCUCCAUUCCCGUCGCCCACCACGACAUGGCACACGGACACAUAUCCUGCCAUUGGCCCACGGAGACCUGAGGCAUCUAUGGUGGGACGAACAAUUGUUGUCACAGGUGGAGGGGAAGGUAUCGGCGCAUCCAUUGCACGCUCAUUUGCCAAGGCGGGUGCAUAUAGUAUCGUCCUGAUAGGACGGAGGAGUCAACUCUUGGAGGAAAACAAGACCCAAAUUCUUGCAAUUUCCAGCAAAAUUAAAGUUUUGACUCUCGUGGCUGAUAUUAGCAGCGAGGAUGAUGUCAGUAGAGCAUUCAAGACUAUCAAGACGACAGUUGGAAGCCCCGAUGUUCUUGUCAGCAAUGCCGCAUACUUUGCUGGUGCAUCACCGAUGCUUGAAGAGUCAAUGGAACAGUUUGUUUCUGCUGUAGAUAUCAAUAUCAAGGGGUCAUUCUUCGUGCUCAGGGCCUUUAUGAGUGUCGCAAGCUCAUCUCCAACUAUUAUCAAUAUCACAAGCGCCAUUGCACAUAUGCCUUCGGCUUUCUUCCCUGGAUUUUCGGCAUAUGCUUCUACAAAGAUAGCCAGCUUGAGGAUCUUCGACUAUGCGCAAAGCGAAAACCCUGACUUGCAUGUCGUUCACAUUCAUCCAGGGCAGGUCAUGACUUCCAUGUCGAAGAAGCUGGGCAGAGAAAUCUCAAUUGAUACCGUGGAUCUACCGGCAGACUUUUCGGUCUGGGCAGCUAGCCCAGAAGCCAAGUUUUUGAAGGGUAAGGUAGUGUGGGCAAAUUGGGAUGUGGACGAGUUGAAGGCAAGAGCAGAGGAAAUUGCUAGUAGCAGCCUGUUUACUGUGGCUAUUGAAGGUUGGCCGUUUUCUUGA